UUUUCAGGGGGUACAUGAAGACAUCUACACAUUGCAGCCGCAUGUAAAAUUGUUUAAAGAUUUAAAUAUCCUUGCCAGAGACGAGGCUUUCCGAAAUGCAACAAUGGUUUAUCCCGUUACAUCAAUGGAUGACUUAUAUCGUUUACAUGCAUACUUCUCAAAGUACCAUUUAGAAACGAUACAACAACGCAGCUUUGACUUGGAGCGUAAAUCAUAUCGGAUAGCUAACGGUUCAAUAUCGAAUAACAUACUCGAAAUCCGUUGGCCACUUGGUGUACCCAGUGGUUCAGCGCCUGAAACGCGCCAUGACAUCAUAACGUGGCACCUCAUCAACAGCACACACAUUUUUCUGCCCAAUGCCGAAAAUAUUAUCGAGCCACUCAGUCGCCACGACAAAUUGGAUUUUGACAAAGUGCUUGAAAUUGUUGUUGCCUAUGCCAAGCGGAAGCAUUCGCAUUUGCAGUUUGUCAAUUUGCAUACAGUGUAUAGGAAAUUUGAUGCGACGCGUGGCAUGGAUUAUCAAUUCCAUUUAAAUUUGCGUGACACACGUCGCUCCGAUGAAUUGGUGACAAAAAGUUUUCAAGUUGUUAAACCGCUGGGGCGUGUUGAGGUUAUACCAUCGCCAUAUGUCACCGAAAGCACACGGAUCGCCAUAAUGGUGCCAACAUUUGAACAUCAAGCAGAGGAUGCUGUCGAUUUUAUUGCCGAAUAUGAGCGUAUUUGCAUGCAAAAUCAGGAUAAUACAUUUUUGCUGUUGAUUUUCCUAUAUCGAUACAAUUCCAUGAGCAAAGGUGAAAGCGAUCCAUUUAAAAAUCUGAAAACACUCGCUUUAGAUCUAUCGACUAAGUACAAAAACGAUGGCUCACGCAUAGCCUGGGUGUCCAUACGUCUGCCGUCAGCAGUUAGUGACACACCACCACCUGAUGACAUUAUGCACAACUCCUUAUAUGGACGCAAUGAAAUUUUAAGUGUUGCUGUGGCAGACUUGGCGCUGCCAAAAAUCGGAUUGGAUAGUCUUGUGUUGAUGGCAUCCACAGAUAUUAACUUCAAAACGGAUUUUUUGAAUAGAGUUCGCAUGAAUACCAUUCAGGGUUUCCAAAUAUUUUCACCAAUAGGUUUCAUGAUGUAUCCAUGUAGGUUGGCUCACUUUUGCAAAGAAUGUGAAUCAUGUGAUGUGAGUCAAAGCACGGGCUAUUUUGACAAAUGGAAUUACGAUCUAACAUCGUUCUACAGUCGAGAUUAUGUGCAAGCACGUAAGAUGAUUGAAUCAACUUUGCCAAUAACACGCUCCGACAAUGACAUUGAGCAGCUUCUUGCCCGCACUGAUCAAACAAUAACCACCAUCUUGGAUAUGUUUGUAGCUUCAAAACUGCCGGUGCACAUCCUGCGCGGCACUGAACCGAAUUUGCGUUACGGUAUUGCGAUACGGAGUCAUACCAAUAGCGGUGGUGAUAUUCUAAAAUGUCCUGCAUUGCGAGAGUACAACAAAUUAUACCAUAUAUCCAAUGAAAUACCCCAGCGAUAUGAUGCUGCGCAGCCUGAGAGUGAUACGACGGCCGACACUGCUGCUGACAUGCAAAGGCGAAAAUGUAUACACUUAGCAUCGAGAAAACAAAUAGGUGAUGCCAUUAUACGUUUCGAAGAUCGCAGUAUACUGCACAAAUAAUUUACACAAAGCGCGAACCUUUGCACAAAAGAAUUGUUUGACAAAAAAAAAAAAAAAACAAUCGAUACUUGACUAUUAUUAGAUGCGUGAAGUAAACUCAUCUCUCUAGUGCAUUUGACGCCGCACUUGACUACAACGCAGUAUAACUGCUGAACUGGUUAGCCGAGUGCCGGAUGAUGCACGUUAACUUUUUAAUGCUCAAAUUUGCAUGAUAUUGUAAAUAUUAGUUUAAAUCCUGCAAACCUGUCAUUUAAGGAGAUUUUAUGCUGUUUUGCAAAAAAAAAGCAAAAAAAAAACAAAAAAGAUACUACUUUUGUAUAUUAGUCUAUUUUGCCAAAAUACUUGCAUACAAACGCACAAACGACGCGUGUACAUUUGUAUUAUCUAUAACUAAGUAGUUUUUGUUUUAAGUUAAAUUUAUUUAUUUUUAUAGUUUUAAGACGACCGGCUGAGCCGCAGCUGAUUCCUAUCGAUUGAAUGUAACGAAAUGACUUCUUAUGUGCAUGUACAAUAGUCCUAGAAUAGCUAGUAUAUAAUUUGUAAGUAAUACUUAAGGCUGUUUUAAAGUGUUUUUGUCUAUGUAUGUACAUCAACAAAGUACAUAGAAAUGCCCAAACUUGUCAUUUCCAAAUGAAAAUUUUUAAAUACGUAUAUAUGUAUAUAAGUAGCGAUUUUAAAUUAAUUUGGUGUUUAGUUACUAUAUGAAACCUGGGCCCUUACUCUGUAGUUCGAAUCAAUAAUAAAUUUGUUCGAAUUCGAACGAUUGGGACUAUAAAAGAGUUAAGCGUUCGUAUAGAACUUCUUUUCGAUUCGAACUACAGAGUGAGGGCCCUGUAUUUGUUAUCAUCAGUGUUUUAAGUAUACCUUAUGUAUCUGUGUAUGUAUGUAGUAUGUUCAUCUCGCCAUGACUGCCAUGUAUUUAGUUUCACGAGCCACAAAAUGUUAAAUUUAUUUUUAUUUUUGAACUUUUUGUAUAUUUAAAAGUAAAUACGUAAAAGAAGUUCAUGCCUUAUUUAAAAGAAAGGGAGCGAGCUAUUUAUACGUAUGUAUGCAUGUAUUUGUAGUCUAUUGCUUGGGUGCAGAAAAUCUCUCCAAUCUAUUUAAGUGGAGCUUAGUUAGCUUCUUUCUAUCUAAAUAUUUCAUAUUUUCCAUUUAAAACUACAAAAAAAA